UUAAACGACCGGAACCAAAGCAGCCUCCUCAGCCAGACACAUGACCUAGCUCCCACCUACCGUGUCCCUCCUCCCUCCUUCCUCCCCACCCCACCCAACCACAACCCGCCAAUAUCCUUCCCAGUUCCCUCCCCUUUACCCUUCCCUCUUUCCCUUCUUCCCUUCCCUAGAUGACCGACCCUAAUUUUCCAUUUCCACACCCCAAACCCCUCGACGCCCUCGAAAGAAUCAGCAGCCUACUCGCUCCACCCACAAACCUCUAGCCCCCUCCCAACAGCUUCCUCUUCCCAGGCCCAGACGACGUCUUCCACUUCCCCACCGGAUGAACCGGAAGUGCGUCAUGUCGAGGCGCAGAGGCGCUCUUUUGGCGCGCGCACCGUAGGCGGCGGGUCUAAACUAACUUCUUGGAUUUUUUUUUUUUCUUGUUUCUUCUUGGUUUUUGACUUUGUCUGUACCCUGGUGUCUACAAUUUCCGAGAUGCCGUCUUCUUUGUUGGGCGCGGCGAUGCCGGCCUCUACGUCGGCUGCUGCCCUACAGGAAGCUCUUGAAAAUGCAGGACGUCUAAUCGACCGUCAGUUGCAAGAGGACCGCAUGUACCCAGACCUUUCUGAGCUGCUUAUGGUGUCUGCCCCAAAUAAUCCCACUGUUUCUGGUAUGUCAGAUAUGGAUUAUCCUUUACAAGGACCUGGUUUGCUGUCAGUACCCAACCUUCCAGAGAUCAGUUCCAUCCGAAGAGUUCCUCUCCCACCUGAACUUGUUGAGCAGUUUGGACAUAUGCAGUGUAACUGCAUGAUGGGUGUGUUCCCGCCUAUCAGCAGAGCUUGGCUCACAAUUGACAGUGAUAUAUUCAUGUGGAACUAUGAAGAUGGAGGGGACCUUGCCUAUUUUGAUGGACUUAGUGAGACUAUUCUUGCUGUGGGGCUUGUGAAACCAAAAACUGGCAUCUUUCAACCUCAUGUACGACACCUCCUGGUUCUGGCGACCCCUGUAGACAUAGUAAUUCUUGGACUUAGCUAUUCUAAUUUGCAAACAGGUUCUGGAGUUCUUAAUGACAGUAUGUCUGGUGGAAUGCAGUUGCUUCCAGAUCCUUUAUAUUCUCUUCCUACUGAUAAUACUUACCUUUUAACAAUAACUUCCACUGAUAAUGGCAGAAUUUUCUUGGCUGGAAAGGAUGGUUGUUUAUAUGAAGUAGCCUACCAGGCAGAAGCAGGGUGGUUUAGCCAAAGAUGUAGGAAAAUAAACCACUCAAAGAGCUCACUUUCUUUCCUUGUUCCUUCCUUGCUACAAUUUACAUUCUCAGAAGAUGAUCCUAUUCUUCAAAUUGCAAUUGAUAAUUCUAGAAAUAUUUUAUAUACACGAUCUGAGAAAGGAGUAAUACAGGUGUAUGAUUUGGGACAAGAUGGACAAGGAAUGAGUAGAGUUGCCUCCGUGUCACAGAAUGCCAUUGUCUCUGCUGCUGGUAACAUUGCUAGGACCAUCGAUCGUUCUGUUUUUAAACCAAUUGUCCAAAUAGCAGUGAUUGAAAAUUCUGAAUCUCUGGACUGUCAGUUAUUGGCUGUCACACAUGCAGGUGUUAGGUUAUAUUUCACCACUUGUCCAUUCAGACAGCCAUUAGCACGGCCUAAUACACUGACGCUGGUUCAUGUCCGCUUACCUCCUGGAUUCUCAGCAUCUUCAACAGUAGAAAAGCCUUCAAAAGUACACAGAGCUCUUUAUAGUAAAGGUAUUCUAUUGAUGGCAGCCUCAGAAAAUGAGGAUAAUGAUAUCUUAUGGUGUGUCAACCAUGAUACUUUUCCUUUCCAAAAGCCAAUGAUGGAAACCCAGAUGACAACCCGUGUUGAUGGUCAUUCUUGGGCUCUUUCUGCGAUAGAUGAAUUGAAAGUAGAUAAGAUAAUUACGCCCUUAAAUAAGGAUCAUAUUCCAAUAACUGAUUCACCAGUUGUUGUACAGCAGCACAUGUUACCUCCAAAGAAAUUUGUUCUCCUCUCAGCACAGGGGAGCCUUAUGUUUCAUAAACUUAGACCUGUAGAUCAACUGAGGCAUCUACUUGUGAGUAAUGUGGGUGGAGAUGGAGAAGAGAUUGAAAGAUUCUUUAAGUUACAUCAGGAAGACCAGGCUUGUGCAACGUGCCUUAUACUUGCAUGCUCCACUGCUGCCUGUGAUAGAGAAGUAUCUGCCUGGGCUACUCGGGCUUUCUUUAGGUAUGGUGGUGAAGCACAGAUGAGAUUUCCAACCACUCUUCCACCUCCAAGUAAUGUUGGUCCCAUGUUGGGGUCUCCUGUCUGUUCUAGUUCUCCUGUUCCUAGUGGUAGUCCCUAUCCAAAUCCAUCCUUUUUGGGAACACCACCUCAGGGUAUACAGCCUCCUGCCAUGUCAACUCCAGUGUGUGCUCUGGGAAACCCAGCAACUCAGGCCACAAAUAUGAGUUGUGUGACUGGACCAGAGAUUGUGUACUCUGGAAAACACAACGGUAUUUGCAUUUACUUUUCUCGGAUUAUGGGAAAUAUUUGGGACGCAAGCUUAGUUGUGGAGAGAAUAUUCAAGAGUGGCAACAGAGAGAUCACUGCAAUUGAAAGUAGUGUUCCCUGCCAACUGCUAGAGUCAGUGCUACAAGAACUAAAGGGUUUGCAGGAAUUUCUAGACAGAAAUUCCCAGUUUGCAGGAGGACCAUUAGGAAAUCCAAAUACUGCUAAAGUGCAGCAGAGGCUGAUAGGAUUCAUGCGUCCUGAAAAUGGAAAUCCCCAGCAAAUGCAACAGGAGCUGCAGAGGAAGUUUCAUGAGGCUCAACUAAGUGAAAAGAGUUCACUUCAGGCAAUUCAGCAGUUGGUUCGAAAAUCAUACCAGGCCCUGGCUUUAUGGAAACUUCUUUGUGAACAUCAAUUCACUGUCAUUGUGGCAGAACUUCAGAAGGAACUUCAAGAGCAGCUGAAGAUCACCACCUUUAAAGAUCUUGUAAUCAGGGACAAAGAACUCACAGGGGCAUUAAUUGCUUCUCUUAUCAACUGCUACAUCAGAGAUAAUGCCGCUGUUGAUGGCAUUAGUCUACAUUUACAGGAUAUCUGCCCACUUCUGUAUAGCACUGAUGAUGCAAUUUGUUCUAAGGCAAAUGAGCUUCUCCAGCAUUCUCGGCAAGUUCAAAAUAAGACUGAAAAAGAAAGAAUGUUAAGGGAAUCAUUAAAAGAAUAUCAAAAAAUCAGCAAUCAAGUGGACCUUUCCAAUGUUUGUGCUCAGUAUAGACAAGUGCGUUUUUAUGAGGGUGUGGUCGAGCUUUCUCUUACGGCUGCAGAGAAAAAAGAUCCUCAAGGUCUUGGACUUCAUUUCUAUAAACAUGGAGAACCAGAAGAAGACAUAACUGGACUUCAGGCCUUCCAAGAAAGAUUAAACAGUUACAAGUGCAUUACAGACACACUUCAAGAACUGGUAAAUCAAAGUAAGGCUGCUCCUCAGUCUCCCAGUGUACCCAAAAAACCUGGUCCUCCAGUGUUGUCAUCUGAUCCAAAUAUGCUGAGUAAUGAAGAAGCAGGACAUCAUUUUGAACAAAUGCUUAAAUUGUCACAGCGAUCCAAAGAUGAGCUCUUUAGUAUUGCCCUUUAUAAUUGGCUAAUACAAGCUGAUCUUGCAGAUAAGCUGCUACAGGUUGCUUCUCCAUUUCUGGAGCCACAUUUAGUCCGAAUGGCCAAAGUUGAUCAAAACAGAGUUCGCUAUAUGGAUUUACUCUGGCGGUAUUAUGAGAAGAACAGAAGUUUCAGUAAUGCUGCUCGUGUACUGUCCAAACUGGCUGACAUGCAUAGCACAGAAAUUUCACUUCAGCAGCGAUUGGAAUACAUUGCUCGAGCUAUUCUUAGUGCCAAAAGUUCCACUGCCAUUUCAUCAAUAGCUGCCGAUGGUGAAUUCCUUCAUGAAUUAGAAGAAAAAAUGGAGGUUGCUAGGAUCCAACUUCAGAUACAAGAGACACUACAAAGGCAGUAUUCCCAUCAUUCUUCUGUACAGGAUGCAAUUUCUCAGUUGGAUUCUGAGCUGAUGGACAUAACUAAGCUUUAUGGAGAAUUUGCUGACCCAUUUAAACUUGCAGAGUGUAAACUUGCAAUAAUUCAUUGUGCCGGUUAUUCAGACCCUAUACUUGUGCAGACACUAUGGCAAGAUAUCAUAGAGAAAGAAUUGAAUGACAGUGUGACAUUGAGCUCCUCAGAUAGAAUGCAUGCCCUUAGUCUCAAGAUUGUCCUCCUUGGCAAAAUUUAUGCUGGCACACCACGUUUCUUUCCUUUAGAUUUUAUCAUACAGUUCUUAGAACAGCAGGUUUGUACUUUGAACUGGGAUGUGGGCUUCGUAAUACAGACAAUGAAUGAAAUUGGAGUGCCAUUACCUAGACUACUAGAAGUUUAUGAUCAGUUGUUUAAAUCACGGGAUCCAUUCUGGAACAGAAUGAAGAAGCCCCUACACCUUUUGGAUUGUAUACACGUAUUAUUGACAAGAUAUGUUGAGAAUCCCAGCCAAGUUUUAAAUUGUGAAAGGAGAAGAUUUACAAAUCUCUGCCUGGAUGCUGUUUGUGGUUACCUGGUUGAGCUCCAGUCUAUGAGCUCCUCGGUAGCAGUACAAGCCAUCACUGGGAAUUUUAAAUCUCUUCAAGCUAAAUUAGAACGGCUUCAUUAAUUACUAUGAUGUACUUUUAUCCAUAUUUUGAUCUGUAAAAUAAAAACUCAGCUGGGUCCAGAGAUCAGGUGGUUCUAAAUCUAAGAAUGUAAGAACAAUCUUAAUAGAAAUGUUUUUAAUAAGUGACUAAUAUCUACAAAUAAUACUUUUGCUAAAUGAAUUCUUUUUAAUGACUAUUUUGUUUUUUCAUAAUUGGGUGAAAAAACAGCUGAAAUGAGAUUAAUUAUUAUUUUAACAUAAGGAAUAAAAAAAUUUAGAGCCUCUUAUUUUGAAUUGUACUACAGGCAGAAAUUUCAAAUUUAUAUUAUUCAUUUUCAAGUUAGUCCAAGGAUAUUGGCAUUAAAACUCAAAUAGCCCAGGCGUGGUGGCUCACGCCUGCAAUCCCAGCACUUUGGGAGGCCGAGGUAGGUGGAUCACGAGGUCAGGAGUUCAGGCCGACAUGGUGAAUCCCUGCCUCUACUAAAAAUACAAAAAUUAGCCAGGCGUGGUGGACGCCUGUGAUCUCAGCUACUCAGAAGGCUGAGGCAGAGAAGUGCUUGAACCCAGGAGGUGGCAGUUGUAGUGAGCCGAGAUCAUGCCACUGUACUUGAGCCUGGGAGACAGAGUGAGACUCCAUUUCAAAAAAAAAAUCCAGCCAGGCAGUGUCUCACAUCUGUAAUCCCAGCACUUUGGAAGGCCAAGGAGGGUAGAUCCAUGAGGUCAGGAGUUCAAGACCAGCCUGGCCAACAUAGUGAAACACCAUCUCUACUAAAAAUACAAACCAGGUGUGGUGGGAGGUGGGGGGGGAGGGGGUGGUCCUGUAAUUACCAGCUACUUGGAAGGCUGAGGCAGGAGAAUUGCUUAAACCCAGGAGGCAGAGGUUGCAGUGAGCCGAGAUCACACCAUUGCACUCCAGCCCAGGUGACAAUGCAAGACUCCAUCUAAAAAAAAAACACAAAAUGCAAGCUAAGCAGAUCCAUUCCCAUAACAGUGGAUUCUAAAAACAUCCUUAAAUAGGCAAAUAACUGACUUUUUCAAAACUUAUUUUAGGUGUUGGGUUCAUCCUUGGAAAGAAAUGUUCUCCAACUCCUAAUUUUGUCAGUUAAAGCCCUUGAGGAUUGAUAUAUAACCUGGUUGGUUGAGCAGGUGAUAAAACUUGUAACUAAUGUGUCUUGAAAACCUACACAGGGAGGUACUAUUUUCCCUUAGUUUUGGCCUUGUGACUACUGACUCUAUUAGAGCAGUGGUUCUCAAAGUAUGUGCUCCAGACCAGAAGCAUCAGCCUCACCUGGGAAUUUGUUAGAAAUGCAGAUUCUCGAGCCCCAACCCAGAUGUACAGAAUCAAAAACACUGGGAAUGCGGCCUCGUUUUCUCUGUUGUAACAAGCUCUCCAGAAGAUUUUGGUGCAUGUCAAAUUUGAAAACCACUGCAGUAAAGGAUACUGCUACCUUCCGUAGUUUAUGGAUUGAUCUCAGCUCAAUACAAGCAGUUAUCUGCCUAAGCCUCCCCAGUAGCUGGAAUUACAAGUGCCCCCACCAUGCCUGGCUAAUUUUUGUAUUUUUAGUAGAGACGGGGUUUCGUCAUCUUGGCCAGGCUGAUCUUGAACUGCUGACCUCGUGAUCCACCUGCCUCGGCCUCCCAAAGUGCUGGGAUUAUAAGCAUGAGCCACCAUGCCUGGCCUCACUUCUCUUUUGAUGCCACCACAAAUAAUUCCCUUUUGUUUAUUGUUAGUGAUGUAGGUCUAACAAUUUUUAAAAUACACUUUGAAUGUAUUUUUCCUUCCAUUUUUGUCUUUUCCCAAGACCAUAGGGUUGCCUUCUCUACAUUUGUUCUCUUAGAAUUCAGUUCCUUUUUCCCUAUAAUCUUCUAAUGUAGAAUAUUUAAUAGAAUGCCAGAAUAUCACUCAGUGGGUACAACUACCUCUUAUUUUUCAACUUUUCAAUUUCUUCAGUUUAGCUUUUUUGAAUAGGUAAAGUGAAUGUAUGCUAUAUAUUAAUUUGUUUGGUAAAUUUAAAAUUCUGUCAUGUCUACUUAAAAUGAAAUCCUUGUCUAAAUGCUAUAAUUUAGGUGUGAUUCCAGUUCUGCUAGAGAUAAAAACUUAAUUUUUCUUUAAAGGACAUUUACAUACUAGCACAUAAGUCAAAUAUACUGAACUCACAACAUUGAAAGUACCUCUUUUAAAAGGGCUGUAGGCUUCCAUGGCUAGAUGGUCUGUUAGAGUCAGAAAUCUGAACACUGUCCCUUUUAUUCACACAGCAUGCUUUGAGAAGGUUUAAGAAUUCCAGCCACACAACUGAUGCUUGCAAUACCUUUUGGUGGGUAAGAUCCCUAAGAGAGAAGAAAUUAGGUCCCCAGAUUAUUUUUACCCUCUGGAAUAGUAUUUCUGAAACUUUCACAUUUGGCCAGGUGUGGUGGCUUAUGCCUAUAAUCCCAGCACUUUGGGAGGCCGAGGCAGGCAAAUCAUCUGACGUCAGAAGUUUGAUACUAUCCUGACCAACAUGGAGAAACCUUGUCUCUAUUAAAAAAAAAAAAAAUACAAAAUUAGCUGGAUGUAGUGCUGCAUGCCUGUAAUCUCAGCUACUUGGGAGGCUGAGGCAAGAGAAUCGCUUGAACCCUGGAGGCGGAGGUUGCAGUGAGCAGAGAUUGCACCAUUGCACUCCAGCCUGGGCAACAAGAGCGAAACUACAUCUCAAAAUAAUAGUAAUAAUAAUAAUGAAACUUUCAUAUUCAGAACAGUCAAUUGGAUAGCAUGUUAUGACAGAUUCUUGAGUUCCAUCUGUAGUUUAUACUGAUCCUGGCAGUCAGUGGAUCAGAGCUGGAGUAGCAUUUAUCCACUGUAUUAGUAUACUUUGCACUUGGUGUUUGUUCAACACAUUUUUUUGUUGUUGUUUUGUUUUGUUUUUUGAAGACAAGGGCUUAGCCUGGAGUGCAGUGGCAUGAUCUUGGCUCACUGCAGCGUCAACCUGGGCUCAACACAGUCCUCCCACCUCAGUCUCUUAAAUAGCUGGGACUACAGGCAUGUACCACUGCACCCUGCUCAUUUCCCCCCACCACCAUUUUUGUAGUGAAAAGGUCUCACUCUGUUGCCCAGGCUGGUCUCAAAAUUCCUGGGUCAAGUGAUUCGCCUGUGUCAGUAUCCCAAAGUGCUGGGAUUACAGCCAUGAGCCACCACACCUGUCCAUUAUUUCUUUAUAGUGACUAUUAAACAUACAUAGGCAAUGUAUAAUGGGUAGAACGUAGUCUAUGGAACAGUGUAUUAAUUGUGGACAGUGAAGAAUCACUGAAGUUGUGACAUUUGUAUUUUAAGUAGAUGAUUAUAGUAUGGCCAAAUAGGAAAGAGAAAACUAUUUUGAGUAACUUCAUGGUAUGAGGUAUUGACUGUGUGUGUGUACAUGUGUAUUCAGUGUUUCUUUAGGUAUACCUGACUUAUUCAUUGAACCCUGUCCACUAAUCUCAAAAGUAUUCCUCAGGAUAGUCUCCGCUACCAUGAUUUUUCAUCCCAUUCAUGAAAAGGAAAAAUUGUAACCAUACUACAGAGUUGUAUCAAGGAAAUGAAUAAUUAGAACAUUAAAUGGAAAGGUUUUGAAAGGGUUCAUAAUUUCUUUUCAUUUUCUAUCAGUGUCUUUUAAAUUCUCUUAAUAAUAAAACUUUUUUCUAACA